AUGGCCGCAACCAGAGUUUACUUUGACAUUACCAUCGGAGAGCAGCCAGCUGGAAGAAUCGUCUUCGAGCUUUAUAGAGAAACUCCAAACACCGCCGAAAACUUCAGAGCUCUGUGCACUGGCGAAAGAGGCAUGGGAAGAUCAGGAAGACCACUUCACUACAGAGGUUCUGGUUUCCACAGAAUUAUCCCUCAGUUUAUGUGCCAAGGUGGAGAUUUCACCCGUGGAGAUGGUACCGGUGGAGAAAGCAUUUACGGUGAAAAGUUCAGAGAUGAAAACUUCAUCAAGCGCCACACUGAGCCUGGCCUUUUAUCAAUGGCUAAUGCAGGUCCUAACACCAACGGAUCACAGUUCUUCAUCACCACAGUCCCUUGCCCACAUCUUGAUGGCAAACAUGUUGUUUUCGGAAAAGUUGUGGAAGGAAUGAAUGUCGUCAGAGCUAUGGAGCAACAAGGAAGCCAAAGCGGACGCCCACGCCAAAGAGUUGUUAUUGCAAACUGUGGCCAGCUUUAA